UUGUUCAUAAUUGUCUCAGACUUUGGAAAAUUACAUAAGUUAACAUCACCUCCCAAAAUGAAGUUCGCUGUUGUUGUCCUUGUUCUUUUGCCUUUUGCCUUGGCCGCAAGCGUUGAUGACAAGAGGUUCAUCGAAAGCCUGCUGGGCGGUUACGACAUUAUUGCCCUGGCAAAGCAGCUGCUGUCACAGUUCGGAACCGAUGAAACCGAGGCCCAGUGUGAGCAUUCGUUUUGCCCAGAGUUGGUCGACAAAAUUGACGGUCAUAACCAUCUGAUCACGACCCUUCUUUGCGCAGCUGUGUGCAAAGAGGCACAGGUUCUCUCCGCACACUACCUGACGUCCGCUCCUCCAAUUGGUGGUAAAUAAACCAAGAAGGACAAAUCUGAAUCAUGUGUUCAUUUGAUGUUCUGACAAUCACACAAAAUACAUUUAAACUGUCUAAUAUAGAAGUAA